AUGUCCAAUGUAGAUCAUUCGGCCAAUGUUUUUGCGACACCUGAUUUCUGGAGAUCGCCUAAGCGCCUCAAGUUGGUUGCCUCACCGGAUGACGAUGAAAUAGGCUCCUUUCAUCUGGAUUUGAAUGGGGAUUAUAACCCGCCACCACUGAGUCUGCUGCUACCAGAUGAUGGGAUUUUCAAGCUGCCUGCUUCUCUUGAACACCUGCCUCCGCAAUCCAUACUUUCGCAGCCCGAGAGCAUAUCAGAACCUGAGGAGCAAUCAGACAUAAGAUUCGAAGAUAUUUGGCUUCCUCUUUCUCAUGAACCAAAGGAUGAACCACAGCUGCGAACUUGGGAGACUUUCUAUGCUGGCGACGCCACCCCUGAAUCGUCGCGAAAUCCCGUCUUCAUCUCAGAGGCUGGUCCAGUAGUAUACGAUCAACUACUUUUUACCGGCGCCAUUUCUUCCUUGGCUGGUCCGGGACAAGAUUAUACGGCUCUCGACCCUUCCCAUUUCCUCAGUUGUCUGGUGUCCCUCGCACUUGGCCGUGGCUCCUUACUCUUCUCAUGGGACCCUCAAAAGAGGGCAUUCCGGCAGGACCUGAAAGAUGUCAGAUUAUCAGGCUUCUCGACCGAAGUACUUGGGGGUGUGACUUCAGUCUGUAUGGAGUGUGGGAAUGAUACGCGCUUUCUCCGCAACUUUAUUGAGAAAUCCUACGCAUCACACGCCUCCCCAUGCAGAGUGGCUUUGGCAAACUUCCUGGAUAGACUUCUAUGUGCGGUUCAAUCCAGGCUGGAGGCGAGAGUCCACUCCUUCAGGUCGUUGAUACAAAUGCAGGCCGGCGUCUACCCUUUGAGGUCCACCACUCAAUAUUUCAAGAGGCUCAUCUCCAAAGUCUCCAGAUCCACCACCGAUGAGAAGCUUCUUUCCCUGUUAUUCGAGGCGGCUCACACGGCCGAGUUUGGUGAUGAAUUCCUGCGCGUCAUUACCCGGGAUAUACUUCAAGCCGUGUCGAGACCCUGGCUCGAGUUUGCCGAGGAGUGGGCUGGUCUAAGGCGCGAGACUGGCAUUCCUAUUUCCAAGGAAGGACGCGGAAAGGGGUUUAUCACUGUCGACAGGCUACUUUACGGGGGAAAUACGGAGCAUGAACUGGAAGAUACCGAUUACUUUUUGAAGGAGGAGAAUGUUCCAUCAUUUUUCCCGGACGAUGUAGCCAAGCUACUAUUCGAGACGGGCAAGAAUCUCAGGUUCAUCUGGUCGUACCACGACGAUCACCCACUCUCACGCCCACAGACUUUAGGCGAGAGCCAAGCACCAGGACUCGACUGGAUGUUCAGAUGGGAAGAUAUCACCCGCCUGGAAUUAGAGGUCCUCGCUUAUGAACAGAGGCUAUCUGACACGGUCAAUAAGAUCAAGUCUUUGAGCUACGGACAACAUUGCACCAGCAAUGGCACUUCCUUACAAAGCAGCUGUACAAUCAGCCUAGAGCUCGACUGUUUUGGCGAACCUGAGCAAAUUAUUGAGGAGCGAAUCCUAGCAUCAAUCGCUCAACUCGACGGACCAGCGGUCUUGCCGCCCGUGGUCAGUGGUCAUACAUUGGAUGCGUUGGAGUCCUUGUUCUCCGGCAGACUUGAUGGUGAUCCAAUGCCCGUUGAGAGCUUCGCACCUCACUGGUCAUUAAUUCCAAGACUCUCAUUUGGGCCGGUUAUCCAGGCUCAAGCCAGGAUUGUUAACACAGAGUGCAUGCGGUUACUGUUUGAUGCCCACAACCUUCGGGAUCACCUCGACGCUCAGUUUGAGUUCCAUCUUUUCGGUAGUGGCAUAUUCUGCAGCCGGCUAUCUCAUGCCCUUUUUGACCCGGAACUAGAUACUGCUGAACGCAAGAGAGGCGUUGCAUUAAGCGGUGGGACGAUGGGCUUACGUUUGGUGGGUCGAGACACUUGGCCGCCGGCUAGCUCAGAACUACGUUUGGCACUCAUGGGAGUCAUCAAGGAAAGCCGCGACCCGCCUGGUCGGCACGAUCUAGAUCCUCUCCCUGGAGACAUGAGCUUUUCAAUCCGGGAGCUGUCCAACGAAGAGAUGGAGAAGUGUAUGGAUCCCAACUCGCUCGAGGCGCUCGACUUCCUUCGUCUUACGUACAAACCGCCCGCUCCGCUGGCGCCCAUCAUCACUCAUGCUGCUCUCGACCGGUAUGAUCGGAUAUUCAGGCUCCUGCUUCGUAUGUUGCGCAUGCUCUUCGUUUCGAACCAGCUCUUCCGUGGUCAUGCAGGGCAGCCAUCCAGCGACCCUGUGGAGCAUCGCUUCCGGUUCGAGGCGCGUCACUUUGUCUCCACAAUUGCUGCUCACUUCUUCGGAGAAGGGGUCGCAGGUCCAUGGCGUCGCUUCGUGGAAUGGCUUGACCAUGUUGAGUUCACCGUGUGUGCCGGUAGAGCUGAUGCCGAUGGGCACAAAAUUCCCGCCAGAGCUGUAGACGUACUCGGCCCUGAGCAGCUACGGGGUCGUCACGAUGAGCUUCUCAGUGAGAUCAUGUCAGCUCUGCUGCUCCGUAAGCACCAGGAGCCUGUUUUGAGGCUGCUCAACGACAUAUUCACUCUGAUUCUACGAUUCGCCGGAAGUGACGGGCGGUCCUGCCGCGGGCAGGAGGCCGGGGGGCAUUUAAAUAAAACGUCAUUGUAUUGGGAGUUUCGACGCAAGGUAGAGGUUUUUAUGACAGUCUGCAAAGGCCUUGCCGAGAAAUCUGCCGACGCAAAGUCCAAGGCGGGCUCUAUUGCCCAACUGGUGCUGGUUCUAGAUAUGUCUGGCUUUUACUCUAAGCAUAGUUGA